AUGGAUGCUCCUUUGAAGGAACAGGUUCGGAAAGCCCUGCGCGAUCGGACGGAAGUGGAUGCUGCAGAACCUCCCCUGAAGAAGAUGAAUGGCAAGACUGGCCCACCCAAGGCUGUGUGUGGGAAGGCCAGGGGCAAAGGUGGGAAAGGAAAGGAGGGAAAGGCUGCCGAGUGCGAGCUCCCGGCCAGCUCAGCAGGAGAGCCGAUGGUGAGUGCUCAGGUGGCAGUGGGUACCAAUGACACAAAGCCGGUGGAGAAUGCUCAGGUGGCAGAGGGUACCAGUGACCCAAAGCCGGUGGAGAAUGCUCAGGCGGCAGUGGGUACCCAUGACACAAAGCCGGUGGAGAAUGCUCAAGUGGGUCUCAGUGCCAGCUCAGCAGAGCCGGAUGGGCAUGUAGCCCCAGCACAUGGUGCUGUGACUUCUGCGGGUGGUGAUGCUGACCCAAAUCGUGCUACUGGUGUGGAUGGCAGGCAUCAGCACAUUUGGGUUCAGACAGUAUCCCAAGUUUGA